AAGAAACAAAUUAUAACAUUUAAGAAGCGAAGCGAUAUAUCUUCGAAUCCACCAGAUUUCUUUUAUAACGUUUCAAAUGAUGCUGACAUCAACUUCCGUAGCAGCCGAUGCUGAAAUUUUCAUCCAGAUGUAAUGCCACUGCAUGAUCCUCUGUUAAAGAGACUGAAAGGAAUAGUACUUGAUCUUAGGACAAAGAAAGAUGUUAUCACAGACAACAGUCCUAUUUUAACAGAACUUUGUAUAAUACUAGAGGAUAUCUUUACAAGGGGCUGUAGAGACACAUCAUGGUUUAACAAGACAAAUUACAGGUAUUGGACAUGGAUUGAAAAGAUUGGAAUAAAAGGAAGGUAUCAGCCAGCAUUUCACAUGGUGAUAGAUACAGUAAAAGAUUGUAAAAAGACAUGUACCUACUGUGGACGUGGCAGAUUAUUUAUUAGGUCAGCUUUAUCAAAGAAAGUGCUGGCAGUUCCAGUGCAACAGAUUGUUAAAGACCAGCAGUUACUACAAGAAUAUUACUAUUCAUAUAACACAGUGAUAGGAGAUGAAAUAUUGUCUGAAAUUCUGAUUUCACUCUUACUGGAGCUUGCAGAAGUCACAUUCCAUUUAAAGAUACAUAAUUCCAGUUUCUUGGACAAAACCUGGGAACUGCCUAUCUAUAAAAACUUUGAAUUUGUACCAUGUGGAGAUCUUGGUUUGAAUGUACAACAGGUUCAGGAAUAUUUCAUUGUCAAGUCAAUAAAACCAGGAAGUGUGGCAGAGGAAGAUGGAAAGAUAGGACCAGGGGAUAUUAUUGAUGAGUUAUAUAGCUUUGCACUUACUCCACUAAGUCUUCCAAAUGUGCAUAAAUUAAUGGCAAGGCAUAAAGGUCUACCAGUAUAUGUUGGUGUCAUUAAGCUUUGUGACAGAGAGGGAAAGUAUUUUCCUCCUAUUGUCCGCUUACUGGAAGAGAUCAAUAUAAAUCCCAGAACUUUACAGAAGGAGAAGGUACCAGACGAUAAAGAUAACAACAAUUCUGACAGGAAACCAGGUCAUGCUAUUCUACCAGAAGAGGAGGACUCGGAGAGACCUGUUCAUGCUCCUGAUGGAAGUGCAUUAUAUAAAGCAACAUACCUUGGCAAUGUAGAUCUUGGACCUGAUGGUAGAGUAGACAGAAUAGAAGAUGGAGUCGAUUUGGUGCUUAGAAAUCACAAACAAGUAAUUGAAGUUUUGAUUGAUCUGAGGGAGAAGGAUGUCAUUGUAAGUGAUGCUACCAGCAACAACAAGAUAAUUUUACGCCAAACCUAUACAGAAAUUUCAGCCUGUGGAAGGAGAACUGAUUUGAUGAAAUACUUUGGAUACAUUGCAGGAGAGACUACAUGCAGUUUAGCUCGUAAAUUUCUGUGUCACGUGUUUGAAGCAAGAACUGAAGAACAGGCAAAAUUGAUUCUAUGCACAUUGGCUCAAGGAUUUGAAAGAACCCACCUGUUGUUAUGACAACAGUAGUAAAUAUUUUUAGAAGAACAACCUAGCUGACAGUAGUGUGAUGUUGAAAGUGCAAUAUCUACAUAGUGUGUACCUGCCAACAUUUAACAUGGUGCUAAAUGUGUCACAUACUGUUACAUACACGAAAAUUGGUCAUUUUUAAAAGAUAAAGAAAUUGAUCAAAACUAAUUGUUAUUUAAAUUUUACUUUGUUGACAAGAUUAGUAUGUAAAAAAAGUAUUAACAAAAAUACUAAAUUCCAAGGUAAAUUCAUAGUCACAUUCAUAGUUUAUUGGUAGCCUGUUGGUUCAAAAAUGAUUGAAACAACUGUAUCAAAGAUUUGAUAAGCUAGUUUAAAAUGUAAAAGAAUUAAUUUGGUAAAAAAUGGAUGUCUGAUAGAAGUAAUUGAGCUUUAUAAAAUCAAUACAACAACAAAAUAUAUAUUCUUUUGAAAUAAAUCUGGAACUGGAACUAGUGCUCAAAUUAAUUUUUGUAUAAGAUUAAAGUGUUUGGAGAAUAAGAUUAAUUUUACAACUUCUGUAAAGGAAAAAUGAUUUGUUUUGCUCACACAUUGUUGUCAAUAUAAUGGAAUUCUAUGCAACUUUCAUAUAAGUGAGAGGUUUAGCUAGCUAUAAAACCAGGUUUAAUCCACCAUUUUCUACAUAAGGAAUGCCUGAACGAAGUCAGGAAUAAGACAGCAGUUUUCCAUUCGUUAGAUGUGGAUUUGAUUUUGUCAUUUUAUAAAGGUCUUUCUGUUUUGAAUUUUCCUUGGAGUUCGGCAUUUUUGUUAUUUUAUUUUUUAGUACUAUUUAUGGAACAAAUUGCAUUUUUGGAAUAGUUUGAAAUUAGAUUUUAGAGAGACUUAAAUUAAUAGAAAUAUCUUUAUAAUCACUUAAGUUGUACUUAUUGAUGCCAGUAUACAAAUAUUAAAAAAUAUUUAAACAU